AUGGCGUCUUCGCAGGAGCAGUGCCUAGUGAUCUGUGGGGAUUGGAGGUGCCUUAGUGAUGGUCGUUGGGAGUUUUCAAUCGACAAAAGACGGAUGUCGCGAGUUGUGGCAAUAAGAGAAGAUAUGAGUAUUGAGGAGCUGAGGAAGAGCGUUCUUGAUGAGUUUGCGACACCUGGAACCGCUUUGCUUAGCUACUGGCCGCCUAAUAGCACCGAGCUUGCUACAGGCAUUACCACACCGCCCGUUUUGUUGACAAAUUCUGGAGAAGAUAGCUCUGUUUCAAUUGGUUACGCGACCCCAAGAAGCUACCGUAACGUCGUCAACGAGGAAGUCUCCGGCUCUGGUACUGGUUCCCUUAGGAAGACUUCUAGUUUCCGAAGUUUCUCUUCGCUUGGUAGUGGUUUCGAAACACCAGAAGUCUCCGGGAAAGGUGGGGGUCCCAAUUUUACAACUCCUGCGUCUUUUGGGAGAUCGUCGUUUGUGGAGGAAGAGGUUCGUUGUCGUUCAUUCCCAAAGAUACCUACUGAAUUUGUUGACGAAGACUUUCUAAACGAGGUUGAGUUCAUGGAAGAGCGUAUGUCGGAGGAGAGGCACUCUGUUUCUAAUGAUGAUGAUCCUGAAGAUUGCUGUGGUGUUUUGCCUGACGAUGUUUCGGAAUAUGUAAGGUCCGUUGGUUACGAUACGGAUUUCUGGGUCCCGUUGGUGCAAAAUGUAUAUGGCGGCUCUCACGCAGUUGAUAUUAUGUGCCCUACAAGUGAAGGAUUCAACGGCAAGGCAGCUGCAAUGGGGCAACAGAAGGAGUACCUCUGCACCAAUAACGAUGCAUUUGAUCACACAGUAGUUGCUGGUGAGGUUGAUCCAAACGAUUAUAAAUCUGAAGAGCAUGCGAAUAUCGGUAGUUUCCCUGCGUCUGGUGGAACUGAUGAUGAGACCUCGCUCACAGAGGAAAGACCUCGCGCACGGAGUAGUGUGCCAUUGGAAGAGGUUGAUGAUGAGGAAUUUGACAUACUUCCUCUGUUUGACGAUCUAAAGUACGAGAAUGAUGACAUUCCGGACUUGGACAUCGAUGAGGGUAGCAUAUUUGAGGGGAGGUUGUUUACUAGCAAAGAAGAAUGUCAGAUUGGUUUGGCCAUUUAUGCGAUAAAGUCUAUGUUCCAUUUCAAACAAACAACUACCAAACGCCACUAUUUCAUCCUUACUUGUGCCGAUGUUCGCUGCGAUUGGAGGGUCAGGGCUCGUGAGGUCGGUGGUUCUGGUAUGUACGAGAUAGAACACGCUACGCUAGAGCACAGUUGCUCUAUUGAUACACGUAACGACUACAAGAAGAGAGCUUCUUCUAGAGUUAUAGCUGCUGUAUUCAAAGCGAAGUAUGGUGAUCCUGAAAAAGGACCUAGAGCUGUUGAGCUUCAGCGAAUGGUCUUGGAAGAUCUGCGUGUCUCUGCUUCGUACAUGAAGUGCUUCAGAGCCAGAGAGAAAGCAACUAUACAGGUGAGAGGCACAGAGGAUGAGUAG